CGUGUUUUGCAGAUUGCUGUAGUUUUCCGCGUCUCUUCGGGCUUUGGUGAGAAUUCCCUCCCCCUCUGUCGCCUCUCCUGUUUCGAAGACCCGUCAAAAUAGUUUCUUUUUGCUCUUCGUUGGUGCUUCGUCCAUCUCCAAUCCGCCGUUCCCGUGUCUGCUGGUUCCGAAUGCCAUUAUUUUCUCCUAGAGACGACCUAAAGCACGAGGCUUUGUCACCCAUGUUGUCCCCUCGUACUGUGAAUGCCAUUAUUUGCAGUAUAUCUCGCACUGUUCUUCACUGGGGCUGUUGUCUUCUUUUGGUGAUUGGGAUUCGGGAGCGGCUUCUCUUGCGCUGGAAGUAACAGCCGCGUCUGGGUGGAUGGCAGAUUGCAGUGACUUCAGAGCCUGGGAGGAGCUGAUUCCUGAUGCUCUAGGGCUAAUCUUCAGCAACCUCUCAUUGCAAGAGAUUUUGACUAUGGUGCCCAGGGUAUGCAAAUCUUGGUGCAGGGUGGUUUUGGGGCCUUACUGCUGGCAAGAGAUUGACAUAGAGGAAUGGAGCCUGCGGUGCAAACCCGAACAGCUAGAUCAAAUGCUUCAGAUGCUUGUAACUCGAAGCUGUGGUUCCUUUCGCCGGCUUAGCAUCUCUGGGCUUCAUACUGAAUCCAUGUUUACCUUCAUUGCUGACCAUGCUGAUUCUCUUCAGAGAUUGGAGUUGCCAAGGAGUGAAAUAAGUGACUCAAUAGUAGAACGAGUUGCCCCGAGGUUGUCGAAUAUCACUUUCCUGGAUGUGAGCUACUGUGGAAAGAUAGGUGCCCAUGCGCUAGAAGCUUUUGGUAGGAAUUGCAAAUUCCUUGUUGGGCUGCGGCGUAGGAUGCAUCCAAUAGAAGUGAAAGACAAGGUCUGCCAAGACGAAGAGGCCUAUGCCAUUGCCAAUACAAUGCCCAAGCUGCGUCGGUUGGAGAUGGCCUACCUGGUCUUGACUACAACAGGGGUCCUUGAUAUUCUCUCGCGGUGCAGGGAUCUUGAGUUCUUGGACCUAAGAGGGUGUUGGGAUGUCAAGCUUGAUGAGAAGUACAUAAAGGAGUGCCAUCCCAGAUUGAAGGUAUUGGGACCACAUGUCACAGACUCCUACGAGCGGAGCUUCUGGGAAGAUUGCUCUGACUACUCUGAUUCUACUAUAUACUCCUGGGAUUUCAUCGACGAUGGGAUCAAUAUCUAUGAUGGAGAAAGUGAUGAUGAUGGUAUUUGGAAUGAUGAGCAAGGACUAGAGGUGUUGGAAGUCAGGUUCUAUGGAUGUGGUUUUAGUGAUGCCUCUGCUGGCUUCGAAUGGCCUCCAUCUCCAUGACUGUUGCUUGCCGCAUCAAGAAACUCCAUGGCGUCAAUGGUACUCUUCUUCCGGUGCAUUUUAGAACCACUAAAAUGUAUAUUGAGUGUGUGUUGUACAAUUUUAUACUUUAAAAUGUCUGGACUCAAUAUGUCGAAUCCCUCUAAUCCGUAAGGAGUUGUGUAUGGUGCAAAAUGAGCUGUAUUGUUCAGUGAAAAUGCUCAUAAAUAUAUGUUUGUACUGAGGUCCAGCUGAUCAAAUGUGGAGGUCUCUCCAAUUAUUUGUAGCAAAAUCUAAACAGAUGCCAUGAAUGGGAAAAUACUCAUUCUCUA